GCCAACUAUACAAUAUACAUUAAAGUAUCAAAAAUCAAAUUUUCAGUUCUUCAUUUCUGAAUUACAUUACAGUAUACAAGAUGUAUACAUGAAGGAUCAAUUAUGUACACUUGUUCCUGAUUCUAAUCAAAUUAAAGUUAAAUUAAUUGAAUGUAUACAUGAAGGAGCAAUUGAAUUUCAGAAAAUUAAUUGAAUUUAUAAAAAAAAAAAAAAAAAAAAACAAAGUAGAGAACCAUACCUGGUGGCUGACGACGGACGACGGGCGACAAUGAGACUGGUGCGUGGGUGGUGGCUGAGGACGAACAACGGUAAGAGAAGGCUAGCACGAGCAGCAGGUGACAGCAAGGUCAGCAACCCUAAACAGCAACGAACGAUACGUGAGCUAGAGCACGCAGCAGAUUUAAGACAGACUUGAGAAGUUGAGAGCGACGCUUGAAUGUGACAGUGGUGGUGAGAUUGACGGCCGACGGUGACGACUGACGGCGACGAGCUACAAAGUACUUAGGGUAUCAGUUGUUGUGAGAGAAUGAGAGGAUUGAGAGCGAGUUUGAGACUUGGGAGAGGCAGAGCAACGAGCAUCCCAAAGUGAGUCAAUGAGGGUAUAUUAUUACGAUUUUAAUUUAAUUCUCAUCCAUCCUUUCUUUUAAAACUUUAAAGUGAAAUAUUUAGCGUAAGAUAAAAGGUAACACGCCAAACAAAUCCACAGAGACAACGUGUUAUAAAUACACUCUCCACAAACCCUAACGUUCGUACAUUUCCAAAAAUAACAAACUCGUAACCUAUCUUGUCUCCCCUCUCAAUUAUAGUCCUCGUCCGGCAACUCCAUCAAUGGCACUAGAACCAAUCAUGAUCUUCCCAGAACACCAACAACAAUCCAACGAUCACAUUUUGAACGCUCGAGUUCGGCUCGCAACCGAAUCAGACGUUCCUUUCAUUAACAAACUCAUCCAUAAAAUGGCCGAGUACUACAAUCUCGCUCACGAAUGUGAAGAUACUGAAACCUCUCUCUUCGCCGCCCUCUUCAACUCGAAACACCAGCCUCUUUCAAACCCCUUCAGCAGUACUGUCAGUGUAUUCCUCAUUGAAGUCUCCCCUACUGCUCUCCCAGUACCUCCCCACCAGAAUUGCCGCGCUAUUGAUCUGGCAGGUCACAAAUUCGAGCCCGACACUAUUCACAAGACCGUACACGUUAAUCACCUCAUCAAUGACCCCGAGGAGUCCCUUUUUCGUACCGAAAAAGGGACAAUAAUCGCGGGUUUUGUGAUCUUCUUCUCGAGCUACUCGACGUUUCUUACGAAACCCGGGAUUCAUAUGGAAGAUUUGUUCGUAAGGAAAGGUUAUCGCGGUAUGGGCUUUGGAAAACUAUUGAUGAAGGCGGUUGCGAACUUAACUGUGAGAUUGGGGUAUGCGAGAAUGGAGUGGACUGUCAUUACUUGGAAUGUGGAUUCUCAUAGGUUUUAUGAGAAGUUAGGAGCUCAUAUUUUGAAAGAUUGGCGUAUUUUUCGACUUGAUGGUGAUUCCCUCCUAUCUUUUGGUCAGCUUAAUAAUUAGAAGUAAGUAAAAACUUGCGGAGUAUUAAGUUGGGACAAUUCAAUUAAAAUGAAAGAAGUGUCACUUAAAUUGAGACGGCGAUAGUAGUAUUUAGGAGUUGAUGAGAAACACAUACCAAGUACUACUUAAGUUGCAUAAAUGUUAUGUGAGGUCGAUGAGUGUUUUUAUAUUAUUAUUUUUUAAAUUGUUGCAUUGUAAUACAAGUAUGAAAUAAAGUCGAUCUUUAACGAGAAACAUGUUUUGAGAAGAGACUAACACUACCAUGCAUGGGUAUUAACGAGAAUUUUUUAUUUUUUAUUUUAUUUAUUUUAUUAUUUUUUUUUAACGGUGUUGGGUAUGGCCCAAAUUUUAUAAGCCCAUUAUUUUGGUCGAAGUAUUAUCCAUAUUCUAGAGGCUUCCAAAAUAAUAUCCUACUUGAAUUUUCUAUAAUAUUAUGGACACAAGAAGGAUGGAGAAUUGAGGAAAAAUCUAGAAUUAUUAAAUGCCAAUGAAAAUUCUAGAUUUAUGCGGAGAGUUUAAAAAUAUCUACAAAUGUGGAAGUUUCCACACAAAUCUUCCAACCUCCAUCUACACCUAUAAAUAUAGGUCAAGAGCAUUCAAAACAACACAACACAAAAGCACAACACAAGAAGUCAUACCAAACACAAGCCUUUCUACAAAAAUAUCCUCCCUCCUUGUAAUAUUCCACUACUAUCAUAAUACUCCUUGUGAGUUUCUUAUGGUGAGAGUUUUCUUGUAAUACUCACCCUCUCAAGAGUUCCUGUAUUCUCCUACUUUCAAAUAGUGGAAUAAAAGUGCUCGUUGUAACACAAAAUCGUGCGUUCUUUUAUAUUAAUUAUCUAGCCAAAUUAUCAAUUCAAUUUAUACUUCUCAAUCAAACACAUCUCCGCUUCUGCUGUGCACUCACCAACCCUAACAAACGAAAUGAGA